AUGAGUCUUCAGUAUCAAGAGGAACACUACCAGAUACUUUACCUAGAACACAUUUCCAUUGCAACCAAGAGAAGGAAAAUUUUGAGAUCCGGGAAAUAUAUCUUACAAUCAAACGUAACAACGAGGCGAAAUAUUCAUGCAUUGGCCAUGAUUCUGGCGUCGUCAAGAGACAUGACUUUUCUGCUCGGCCUCCUCUCAGUACAGUCCGUCCGCUCACAGGCAAGAAACGUGUCGAGGGCCCAGACUUCCCACCCGAUGGCGCCACAUGAAUCCUCCAGGAGAUGGAUGGUGCUCUCGCUGGCGCUCGUGUCGGCGUGCCUGACAGCUGGGGAAACGCAGAAGAGGAGGCCCAACGUAGUGAUUCUGGUGGCGGACGACCUGGGCAUCGGGGACCUCGGCUGCUACGGGAACACGACCAUCAAGACGCCAAACAUUGAUAGGCUGAGUGAUGAAGGAGUGAGGCUGACCCACCACUUAGCUGCAGCCUCAAUGUGUACCCCGAGUCGAGCUGCAUUGCUGACCGGACGAUACCCCGCGCGAUAUGGUUUGGUUGGCGAGGAAGGGACGCCGCCGGUCAUCGUGCACGUGGCCAGUCGCGUGGGGUUGCCGCCCGAGGAGGUCACCUUCGCCAAGGCUCUCGCCGCGGCGAAUUACACCACUGCCGCUGUCGGCAAGUGGCACCUUGGGAUGCGGUGCGGCCUCGGGGGCCUCGGGUGCCGCGGGCCCCAGGACCACGGCUUCCAGUCCUUCUUCGGUCUGCCGUUUACGCUGUCGGUGGAGAUGGAAGGUACUCACGACUUCUGGAGUUUCUCGCCGGAGGUUCGGUUUAACAAGAUACGGAGACAGCGUCGAGGAAAUGGACGCCGGCGUGGGGGCCAUCCUGGACGCCCUCAGGCAGCACGAGAUCGACGACAACACCAUCGUUAAUGGCCAGCGUACAGGCGGACACAAUGGCCUGUUCAAAGGAGGGAAAGGCAUGGGUGGGGCAGAGGGCGGCCUACGUGUGCCCGGGAUUUUCAGGUGGAAAGGCCACAUUCCAGCUGGGAAGACCAUAGACACCCCGACCUCGCUGCUAGACACAUUCCCCACGCUGCUGGGGCUGACAGACUUGCCUCCAGUCAACAGCUUUUUCCCCGAAUUACCUGAACGGGACUUGGACGGAGUGAGUCUCGCUGGACUCCUGACAGAAGGAACCGCCUUGAGACCUCGAUCCUUGAUUCACCAUUGUCGUCAAGCCAUUCAUGCGCUGAGACUUGUAGUAGAGGCCCGCGUGUAUAAAAUGCAUCUGGCAAAACACAAGUGGUCCCCGGGCAGUACUCAGUGCUGUUGAGGAAGCAACAACCUCUGCUCCUGCUUCGGUGACGGGGUGGAAGACCUUACCUUGGACCCGGAAGUCUAUGACCUGACCAAUGACCCUUAUGAAGAUAAUCCCAUUUCUAAUGAAUCUUCAGAGUACUGGCACGUGGUAGGAGCCCUGAGGCAGUUCCUAGCAGAGUGGAAGGCUCGUGUACCGUAUCCGCCCUCCCGAUUCAAGAACAAGAUGGGCACUGUGUUGUCUCCGUGGCUACAGCCCUUCCGUAUUCCGUUUUUGUAGGGUUCAUCGCAUGACCCACUACUUUACACGCAUUCCAUCGAAGGCGAACAAUAUAGCGACAGUGGUCAUAAUUUCUAGUGCUUGUGGUGUGGAUGGUAGGGCUGUUAGACCUGGAUGUAAAUGUUAAUAAAUUUUGUAUUUAGUUUUA